AUGUUUCCUUGCAGGCCGAUCGGGUCUGACUGCGGGAUUGCUAACUUAAACACGUCGACGAGCGGAGCCGAAAUUGGCGGAGCUUUCGGCAGCGAGAAGCACACGGGCGGCGGACGGGAGUGCGGAAGCGACAGCUGGAAGCAGUACAUGCGGCGACCGACGUGGUAA